AUGCGGCCCAAUUGCUGUCAUGUAUCCAUUGCAUUUCUGCUCAAGUUCUUCAAUUUCCUCCUUGCCUUCAUCGGCAUCUCCAUCAUUCUCUAUUCCGCCUGGAUGCUCGAUCAAUGGAACCAUCACCUUCCCGCCUCCCCGCCGCCGUUCCCUGCUCCCUCCUCCUCCUCCUCUUCCUCUAUCGUCUAUUCCCGAUCUCAUUCAGUUAGUACUCUUAAUCUCGCCACCGAUGUGGCCUCUCAGAUGGACGCCGGCCUCGGGUUUUACUUGAAUUCCGUCGACCUCCCUGCCCCUUGGUUCAUCUACUCUUUUAUGGGAGUCGGCGCCAUUUUAUGUUGCACCACUUUCAUCGGUUGCAUUGCAGCUGAAGCCAUCAACGGUUGUUGCCUGUGCUUUUAUACUGUCCUCAAAGUUGUACUCAUUCUGGUGGAAGCAGCUUUGAUUGCUUUCAUUGCAAUUGAUCGUCAUUGGGAAAAGGAUAUUCCAUUUGAUCCAACUGGAGAAGUUCAAAGCAUGCGAGCUUUUAUUGAGGACAACAUUGAGAUAUGUAAAUGGGUUGGCAUAGCAGUCCUUGUAAUUCAGGCUGUGUCUCUACUGCUUGCCAUGGUUCUGCGUGGUUUGGUUUCCACUCCAAAGAGUGAUAUUGAUGGCGAGGAUGAUUACGAGAGUGGUAGAAGUAGAAGGUGGGAACCACUCUUGGGUCAACCAGGUCAAACAUCUGGAUCAGGGAACGGAUCAGACAUUUGGAGCUCGAGAAUGAGGGAAAAGUAUGGACUGAACAGCAAUGACAAACCUGGUUUAAAUACGUCAAUGAGCAUGAAAUCCAAGUGA